GCUCCGCCAGUGAGCAGGUGAGGAAGGGGCGGGGAGCCGGAGUCCCGGCAGCUUCUAGUAGGUUCCAGAAGGAGGCGCGUGCGGUUGGGAACGCGGAGCGGACGAAUUCUAUUCAACGGGGUUCCGGGCCAAGCUAUGGAGCAGGUGAAUGAGCUAAAGGAGAAGGGCAAUAAGGCCCUGAGUGCUGGUAACAUUGAUGAUGCCUUGCAGUGCUAUUCUGAAGCAAUUAAACUAGAUCCCCAGAACCAUGUGCUCUAUAGCAACCGCUCUGCAGCCUAUGCCAAGAAAGGAGACUACCAGAAGGCUUACGAGGAUGGUUGCAAAACCGUUGACCUAAAACCUGACUGGGGCAAGGGCUAUUCCAGAAAAGCAGCAGCUCUUGAGUUCCUGAACCGAUUUGAAGAAGCCAAGCGAACUUAUGAAGAGGGUCUAAAACAUGAAGCAAACAGUCUGCAGCUAAAGGAAGGUUUACAGAAUAUGGAGGCCCGGUUGGCAGAGAGGAAAUUCAUGAACCCUUUCAACAUGCCUAAUCUAUACCAGAAGUUGGAGAAUGAUCCCAGGACAAGGACACUGCUCAAUGAUCCUACCUACAGGGAACUGAUAGAGCAACUACGAAACAAGCCAUCAGACCUGGGCACGAAACUACAAGAUCCUAGGAUCAUGACCACUCUCAGUGUCCUAUUGGGGGUUGAUCUGGGCAGUAUGGAUGAAGAGGAAGAGGCUGCAACACCCCCACCCCCACCUCCUCCCAAAAAGGAGGCUAAACCAGAGCCAAUGGAAGAAGAUCUUCCAGAGAAUAAGAAACAGGCAUUGAAAGAGAAGGAAUUGGGGAAUGAUGCUUAUAAGAAGAAAGACUUCGACACAGCACUGAAGCAUUAUGACAGGGCCAAGGAACUGGACCCCACCAACAUGACUUACAUAACCAAUCAAGCAGCUGUGUACUUUGAAAAGGGUGACUACAAUAAAUGCCGGGAGCUUUGUGAGAAGGCCAUUGAAGUGGGGAGAGAGAACCGAGAAGAUUAUCGGCAGAUUGCCAAAGCCUAUGCCCGAAUUGGCAAUUCCUAUUUCAAAGAAGAAAAGUACAAGGAUGCCAUCCAUUUCUACAACAAAUCCCUGGCAGAGCACCGAACCCCAGAUGUGCUGAAGAAAUGCCAGCAGGCAGAGAAAAUCCUGAAGGAGCAAGAACGGCUGGCCUACAUCAACCCCGACUUGGCAUUGGAGGAGAAGAACAAGGGCAACGAAUGCUUUCAGAAAGGGGACUACCCCCAGGCCAUGAAGCACUAUACAGAAGCCAUUAAACGGAACCCUCGAGAUGCCAAACUGUACAGCAACCGAGCUGCCUGCUACACCAAGCUUCUGGAGUUUCAGCUGGCUCUCAAGGACUGCGAGGAAUGUAUCCAGCUGGAGCCAACCUUCAUCAAGGGGUACACGCGGAAAGCAGCCGCUCUGGAAGCCAUGAAGGACUAUACAAAAGCCAUGGAUGUGUAUCAGAAGGCGCUGGAUCUGGACUCCAGCUGUAAGGAGGCUGCAGAUGGUUAUCAGCGCUGUAUGAUGGCACAGUACAACCGACAUGACAGCCCUGAGGACGUGAAGCGGCGAGCCAUGGCUGACCCUGAGGUACAGCAGAUAAUGAGUGACCCAGCCAUGCGGCUCAUCCUGGAGCAGAUGCAGAAGGAUCCCCAGGCACUCAGCGAACAUUUAAAGAAUCCUGUAAUAGCACAGAAGAUCCAGAAGCUGAUGGAUGUGGGUCUGAUUGCAAUUCGGUGAUGACUUGGUUACCCUGUCUUCCCUCCGGCCCAUGUGAAGAAACAAGCUGGGACGGCAGCAAGCAGUGCAGGGCAAAGGGAGGGGGGGAAAGAACAGCUUAUCUUUAUAUUUAUACAUGCCUACCUGGAAGACAGACUCAUCAGCGCAACCUUGGGCCCUCCCAGCACACGCAUGGUCUCUUCACUGCUGCCCUUGAGUCCGUGUCUCCUUCCCCUGCCCCUGAUCAUUGUCUCAGCUGCUCCCCCAUAGUUGUUAUUUUUUAUUUGGGGCAGUGGGCACAUACGGGGAGGGGAGGGUAUUCUUCCCAACCUGGGGUCCCAGCUGUCUUCACGUUGUUGACUCCAUGUCCCUUCUUCAAUAAAGCCAGUUGGGCGUGGUUAUAUGUU